AUGAAAACUGUUUGGGAUAUUUUAUUCUCUACUAUGAUCAUUGCUUCUAGUCUUCGUCUAUCGGAAGAGGAGCUUGUUCCGGAACAGGAAACGGACCUUAAACGGAUCUCGGAACACGGACCGAAGCCCCGGUUUAAUCCUUUAAUUAGAAAAUAUCAUUGCAAGGAUUUAGCAUUAAGAAUUGAAAUUUAUUCGAAACUUGUGUAA